AUGGGAUCCUUGUCGCCGCAAAGCCAACCCUUGUCAUUUGCUGCCUUGAAAGCGAAGAAGGCUCCUCUCAAAAUCACUACGAAGGUUGUCGCUGUUAAUGCAACAUCAAAGUCGGCCACGAGACCGCCGCUACCACCUUCUCAGAAGCCACUUGCCAACGUUAGAGCGCGGAGUUCGCAAACACCUCGCAAAUCAGCCACGCCAUCUUCCAUUCCCUCGCGACAAGCGAGUCGAGAACCGCUUGAACGGGUGAAGCAAGAGCAUCAUAAUCGCACGAAACGAGCAUCUCCGGCCGUUUCAACGCCAAGGCUGACCAGUUCAGAUGAGGAAGAUGAGGAAGACGAAGCCCAGCCUAGGAAGCGGGUAAGAGUUGAUCGCAAAGGGAGCAUAGACGAGAAACGCCAGGUUAGGGACCCCAAGGCAUUUUCCGAAGAUGACGGCGAGGCUUUGCCAAUGGUGCAUGCGGUGGACAUCGCAAACAGCACGAUCAUAGAACAAGGCAGAGACAAAUAUCAACCUUUCUUUACGGCUCUGGAAGGGGACGAGGACGAGUGUCCGACGAUCGAGCUCCAAUACCCAAGUGCGGUACAACGCGAGAAAUAUCAGCUGGUGAAGCCGACAGAUUCGUCCGAUUUCAAGCCUCUUGAUGAAAUAGAGGCCAACAUGAAAAUCGUGGCUGAAUACUAUCUCGACAGGGACUCGGCCAGCAGGAUCACUUGCGAAGAGGACGGCUCGGGGCUUGUGCAGAUGCUACAUCGACAGGCCAUGCUCGGACUUAAAGGACGGGUUGGGGCCCAAUCUAGGUACAUCGAUGUGGUUGAGCGAUACAAUGUGCUGUUGGUGGAAAAGCGCAAGGACGGUACGAUCGCGAAGAAACUCGAUCAGAUGAACCGCGUCGAUCUGAAGCUGGUCGAGCACAUAAUCAAGAACCAGGUCUACGCUCGCACCGUAUCACCGCAGGUUAACCUGGUCAGACACUACGAAAGCUUUUCGGACAAUGUCUAUGGCGAACUCCUGCCAAAAUUCCUGAGCCGUAUCUUCAAGGAGACAAACCUCAAGUCGGACCAUGUCUUCAUUGAUCUCGGAUCUGGUGUUGGCAACUGCGUCCUCCAAGCAGCCUUAGAGACGGGGUGUGAGUCUUGGGGUUGCGAGGUCAUGGACAACCCGAAUGCGCUGGCACAGCUUCAGGCAAAAGAGUUUCCUGCUCGUUGUCACCUUUGGGGCAUAAAAGCUGGUGAGAUCCACUUGAUGCACGGAGACUUUCUGAAGGACGAAGAAGUUCGGCAAGUUCUGAAGCGAGCAGACGUGAUUCUCGUUAACAACCAGGCCUUCACAGCAGAGCUGAAUGACAAGCUGAAGUAUGUGUUUUUGGACGUGAAAGAAGGGGCGCACAUUGUCAGCCUGAAACCCUUUCGCAGCCCGACGCACAAGAUCAAGGACUCCAAUGUCAAUGAUCCCGUCAACGUGCUCUCAGUGGUCGAGAAAGACCGCUGGAGUGGAAUGGUCAGCUGGACGGAUGACCCCGGAAAGUGGUAUCACCAGCGCAAGGACUCAACGGAGUUAGAGGCCUUUGUCAGAAAUAUGGGAGACCCCAGAUAA